AUGGGCGUUUGUAGCUCCAAACCCUCCACGAAAACUGAAUUUUCCGGUGAUCUGGACACGAAUAUUCCGGUGAAAGACGGUGGUGAUGGAGCGUCAAGGGAAACGAUUAGCAAGAAAGAUGAAAUUGAGGUAGGGAAGAAAACUCCAUUGUUCCCUUUUUACAGUCCAAGUCCAGCUCACUAUCUCUUUUCAAAGAAAUCAUCUCCGGCGCCGAAUGCCAGCUCUAAUUCUACACCCAGAAGGUUUUUCAAGCGGCCGUUUCCGCCACCGUCUCCGGCGAAACACAUUAAGGCGUUGGCACGGCGGCAUGGCUCCGUCAAGCCAAACGCGGUGGCGAUACCGGAGGCGAACGAUGUAGAAAGAAAUACGGGAUUGGAUAAAAGUUUCGGGUUUUCGAAGCAUUUUGGGAACAAAUACGAGCUUGGCGAAGAAGUAGGAAGAGGGCAUUUUGGGCAUACUUGUAAAGCUAAGUUCAAGAAAGGGGAAUUCAAGGGUCAAGAAGUUGCAGUCAAAGUUAUUCCAAAGUCAAAGAUGACAACCGCCAUAGCAAUUGAGGAUGUGAGAAGGGAGGUCAAGAUAUUAAGAGCUUUAACGGGACAUAACAACUUGGUGAAGUUUUACGAUGCAUACGAAGACCAUGAUAACGUCUAUGUUGUAAUGGAGUUAUGUGAAGGAGGGGAACUCUUGGAUAGAAUACUUUCGAGGGGCGGGAAAUACACUGAAGACGAUGCUAAAGUUGUGUUGAUACAAAUACUGAAUGUCGUUGCAUUUUGUCAUCUUCAAGGUGUGGUGCACCGCGACUUGAAGCCGGAGAAUUUCUUAUUUACAUCCAAGGAUGAAAACUCACAACUAAAGGCCAUAGAUUUUGGCUUGUCGGAUUUUGUGAAGCCAGACGAAAGGCUUAAUGACAUUGUCGGAAGUGCAUACUAUGUGGCACCCGAAGUUCUACAUAGGUCAUAUAGUACCGAGGCCGAUGUAUGGAGUAUUGGUGUUAUAGCAUAUAUUCUUUUGUGCGGAAGCCGGCCUUUUUGGGCACGAACUGAAUCCGGGAUCUUUCGAGCUGUUUUAAAAGCUCAUCCAAGUUUCGAUGAAGUACCGUGGCCUACAUUAUCCUCCGAGGCCAAAGAUUUUGUCAAACGUUUAUUAAACAAGGAUCCUAGGAAAAGAAUGACGGCUGCUCAAGCGUUGGGUCAUCCAUGGAUUCAAAAUAGUAAUGAAGUGAAAGUGCCACUUGAUGUCUCGAUACUGAGACACAUGAAGGGGUAUAUGCGUUCAUCGGCUCUUCGUAAAGCUGCUCUACGGGCGUUAGUGAAGACAUUGACUACAGACGAGUUGUUUUAUCUAAAGGAACAAUUUUCUUUGUUAGAACCAACCAAAAACGGAUCCAUAAGCAUGGAGAAUAUCAAAGUGGCUUUGAUGAAGCAUUCUACAGAUGCCAUGAAAGAAUCACGUGUCCAUGAUUUCCUAAAUUCGCUUAAUGCACUUCAGUACAGAAGAAUGGAGUUUGAUGAGUUUUGUGCAGCUGCCAUAAGUGUCCAUCAGCUCGAAGCUCUUGAUAGAUGGGAGCAACAUGCACGUUGUGCGUAUGAACUAUUUGAUAAAGACGGAAAUAGGCCCAUCAUGAUUGAAGAACUAGCUUCUGAACUUGGCCUCGGCCCAUCGGUUUCGGUUCAUUCAGUAUUGCAUGAUUGGAUUAGGCACACCGAUGGAAAGCUGAGUUUCCUCGGGUUUGUGAAAUUGUUGCAUGGUGUAUCGAGUCGGACCCUUGCCAAAGCCCGUUAGCGAACCAUCAAACAAAUUGCCGGACGGACCGGGCAGUUAAAACUGCUGCAUGUUUGUGUGAAGGAGAAGAUCCCAUUGGUGUUUCUUCCCACUGUAAAUCUGUAAAAUUUAGUACUUUGUGUUUGGAUUUGCAGGUGAGAGAAGUAAAAAUUUGUGUUAUUUAUAGCUGAUUUUGUGACAGAUUGAGCAAGAAAGAAGAUGUAUGCAAUUGGCAUCAAAUGUUUCAUGUUCCAAUACAAACAUUCUGGUUUUUGAAUUUCAUUUCAAAUGUGGGAUUUGAAUU